GAUGGGUGGCAACGAUUUUUCCAAUUGCGUUUCUCGUUUUUCCGAUUGGUGACUGAUUUUAUACCGAUUCUCUGGCACUCGUGUGCAUUCUGACAAGAGAGUACAGAUCAUAACGCCCGUAUCGCUGGGUCACUGAGGAAUUUAUGAUGUAUUGAGAAUAAAAAAGAAAAUAAACGAGGGGUAAUAGAAUAAGGGCCACUUGUGGGACAAUAAUUUGAGGGAAUAGGUACUGAUCACUGCCAUUUUUUUUAAAUAGUCAUGAUGAAUUAAUUAAUUGAGGGGUGAAGGGUUUACGGUUUUAUCAUACGAUUUUGGUGAUUGGGGUGUCAUUUGGGUGGCUGUUAAAAUAUCGUGGGGGAGAAAAUUGUUUUAGUGACUUUCUUCAGUGGCGGAGUGAUUGCUUUGGGAGUCUGUGGAAGAGUUUUCAAUUUGUUUUGAGGGCCCAGGGACUUGUUCAGUGAAAAUGAAGUGGUGGACAAUUGUUGUUUUUUUUAUUGGAUCCACGUGGGCGGGGAAUUCAAUUGAUGGCACUAAAUGUAGGGAUAUACAGACGCAGAGGGAUUUGGAUCUUGAUGGGAUAAUCGGAAAAUGGUACGUGAUAGAAAUUCUCCACCACAGAGCGUCACCGACACUUCCAUCACCGACGAGAAUACCACCGAUAGUCCAGGACACGUGUCCAAUUGUUGGGAUUCGACGGGGACGUCGAGAGGAACGAUCUGGAGAAAUUCUGAGACUUCUCUGGACUGAGGGAAUGGGAACCAUCGAGUAUACAUUCGAAGUUACCGAUCUCAAAAAUGAUCCCGGAUACUGGAGAUCGAGUGGCCGUCAAAAUGGUACUCUGACGGAGGAUCCAAAUAAAAAUUACAGUCAAUUCAAGGGAACGGUUCACGUGAUGAAAGCGGUGAUGCAAGAAAUGCUCCUGACCUUCUGCUCGGGUUACCAGGGUAAUCAAUUCUAUUCCAUUCUUCUGGGUCGACAGCACAAACUCGAGAGAGGCACCAAGAGCAUCCACGAGCUGUUGGAACAUCGAAAGAUCAUGAUCUCCAGCGUUCAAUCGACUUGCGCCAAAGGCACUGGUGCUUCAAUCCAAGGGAGCAACACCGUCGUCAUCCUCAUGGCAACAAUUGCCCUAGCUAUUCUCAGGUUCCUUUCACCCACGUUCAGUUCUAAUAACUGGUAAUGACUCGAAUAUUACAAAUAAAUAUUUGUCAAAUUGAUAAAAAUUUUAACAGAGUUUUGUCUUUGAAAGUGGAAGUGUCCAUCUAUUGUCCAACAAAUUCGGCAAUUACUCUUGUAUUUGUUGAAUUUAUUAUAAUAAAAAAAAUUCGCCUAUAUUUCAUUCCGAUGUGUUCUGAUGACGCGAAUCCGUUGGAUAUUGGAAACGGUUUUUCUGGGUGAGGAUCUUGUGAAGAGUAGAGAUAACAGAGAUAAAUUAUUGCUAAGAAUCACAGAUAAUAAAUGGGGAGAUUUACUUUGAGAGAAUUCUCCCGCAGAGGCUAAUCGUCGUUAAAUGCGUUAGGUUUUAAAUCGAUGGCACUUUAUUCCUUCAUUCAUUGAUGAAAAAAAAAUAAUGUGAGAGUGAUGGUAACAAUAAAUUUUACCCCUCCAAUGUUACGUUUAAAGUUCUCCUCUAGAGUGUUUAUUAAUGUGAAAAUGCUCGAGAUUAUCGAUAUAAUAUCAUAGUAUAUAACCCGUACACAAGAUAUAUGGGUCUAAUAUAUUAUAUGUAUGAAGCCACUGGUCUACAUAGCGAAAUGUGUGAGUGUGUUAAUCUGCUUUGCGUUGUCAUCAAUUUUUCCGACAAUUUAUUAAACAUGUCAGAAUCUAUUUUGGUAAUUUAAUUGCUAAUGCAUCCAAAGAGUAUAUUUCAGUUAUAAAUACUGUCAUUCCGUAGAUUAAGUUGACUAUUUAUACGAUCACCGUAAAUUGUCCGGUUAAAUUUUUAUUAUUUAUUAUAAUUUUAAUGGAAAGGUGAGAAAGACAUGAAUAAAG